UUCGUGUCUAUUUUGAUAUGAAGCCCGAUGAUAAAAAGCCCGAAACAAAUCACCUAACCCUAGUGCUUUUCUCACGCAUAAAUACCCCAUUCUAAUCACCUGUCAGCCGCCACUUCUCUUCUCACUCCUUGAUCUGUUUAUUGUCCUCCUCAGCCGGAUUUUUGUUUGGAUCUGAAGAUUUUUGGUUUUUUCUCUUCUUCUUCAAGUAUGUCGGAUGGAGAUGGAGUUGGUGAUAUCAAGGAUGGAGUUCGUGAUCUCUUGUUAGAUGACGUCGAGAAUGGAGAUGAGGAGGAUGGAGUUGGAGAUGAGGAUGGAGUUGGUGAUCCUGUGGGUUGGGAUCGUCCCCUUGUAAUCCCACGAGAAUUGAGGGUGAGGUUAACUCCUCCCCUUGUAUUCUCACCUGAAUUGAGGGAGACUUUUUCUCGUUAUUGGUUCGAGAAGGGAAUGGUAGGUGGUAGUCCACCUUCAAAGGUCGUCUUUAUAGAUUAUGGACUUGGUCAUAUUUUCAGCAUAGCUCAAGAUUGUUUUAACCGAGGUUAUGCUUUCCAAGCCUCCAAUUCUGCAUCCGGUCAUGUUGGUGCUUCUGCUUGUGCUGCUUCUACUCGUGCAACUACUGAUUCAAUGGUGGACUAUUGAUUAUGUUUCUACUUGAAUGGUGGACUAUUGUUUAUGUUUCUACUUGCUAUUCUAUGCACAUUGGACUUAGUCCUCGACAAUAAAAAAAUAAAAAGAGUAUUUUAUGUUCGUUGUGUUAUUA